UAGCACCCUAAAUUUAAAAAAAUAGAUAAUUUAAUUAUUAUAAAAAUUAAAUUUUAUAAAACAAAAAUAUACAAGGACCAUUUUAUAUCUUUUUCUACUUGGCUAAAUUCAAAAAGAUCUCUUAACUUAAAAUACAUUCAAACAUACCCUCUUUUCCAUUAAUUUUUUUACACAAAAUUAAUAAAAUUAAUAAAAUUAAAAUCCGACACCGUCGCCGCUCACCCGCUACGGAAUACGGACAGCUCGUCUUUCCCCCUGGAAGACCAGCAGAUCUGCCGGUCUUCCAUUGAUUUUAGAAAGAAAACAUAAAAAAUGGAAUAAUAUGGAAUUAAGGUCAGUGGCAACAACCACAAAAUCUGCCAUAGCAGUCUCUGCUGCUCUGCCACUUGCCUUCGCUCUCUCUUCUUCUAAUCCAAAUCCCAAAUCCAAAACCCUUUCCUUCCAUUCAAUUUCCAAUUCAUCACUCUCUUCUUCCUUUCACCUGGUCAAGAACUUGAUUCAGCCGCCUUCUGCUGCCAAACUUGAAAUGACGGAACCUCUCCGUGUUAAAGACAGCAAGCUGAGCACUAUCAACAUUGAAGGGAAGAUUACCCACAAACAACGAAGAAUCUACGGCCACCACCUCCGUCACUAGAAGCAUCCU